AUGCUGGUGGUCCUGCUGACAGCGGCCCUACUGGCCUUGAGCUCCAUUCAGAGCUCAAGUGCAGAUUUUGGGAACCAACGUCAGGACUCUGCUGAGGAAGUAGACCGGCCACAAGAAAGCACCCCUGGUGAUGAUGCAGAUGAAGGUGAUGAUGAAGAAGAAGGUGAUGGUUCCCAGGAGGCACCACCCAAGCCACCUCCUCGGCCUCCUCAGGGAAAACCCCCUAGACCACCCCAGCAGAAACCUCGUCCAACACCUCCUUCGGGAAACCAGCAGAGACCACCCCAACAAAAAGGUCAGCAACAGAACCGCCCUUCCCGUUCCUUAAAUAAACAAGGACCACCCCAGCAAGGAGGAACACAAAAACCACCCGGCCCCCCUCGUCCAUGA